AUGACUGAGGCGGGUAGGACGUGGUAUUUGCGGCUAACCGCGCCGAGUGCGUGGAGGGGACGCGGCGCGCCGGAUCAUUUCGCAGCCCCAGAACAACCGGAGCGGUUGACGGUUGUCCGCAAACCAGUGCGGCAUUAUCGUGCGGUUUCCUGUAAUAAUCCAGUGCGGCCUACCGCAGCGGCACACCGCAUCGCGGCCAGCCGCUAG